CUCCCGGUCCUUCUGGACGCGACAGCACACCACCUUCUCUGAAGCAUCUCGAACUUUCGCUGCCGCUCACUUUAUACCCCAUCCGGCUUCCGGCCAUCCCCUUCCACCCUGCACUUCACCAAAUCGAAGAACGCACAGCAGAUCCAUCGCCACUCGCAGUUGAUCGAGUCGCAGCGUUGAGCGAGGGAGUGAGGAGAAAGAAGCCAUGACGGAGCUGUUCGACACGGCCGUGACCAGCCUGCUCCACCUGCCGGAGGUGCUCGACCGCCUCGCCGCCGCGGACGGUGACCGCCGCUCGGGCGGACACCACGGCGCGCACCACCACGGGCACGCGCGUGUCCACGGUCUUGGUGGCGGCGGCGGCGGCGGCGCGCCGGUGGACAUCGUGGAGACCCCCGGCGAGUACAGCUUCCUGCUCGACGUCCCCGGCCUCUCCAAGUCCGACAUCCAGGUGACGCUGGAGGAGGACCGGGUGCUGGUGAUGAAGGGCGGCAGCAACAACGGGAAGCGGAAGCGCGAGGAGGAGGAGGAAGGCGAGGGGUGCCGCUACAUCCGGCUGGAGCGGCGCGCGGCGCCGCGGUCGUUCGUGCGCAAGUUCCGGCUGCCGGAGGACGCGGACACGGGCGGCAUCGCGGCGCGCUGCGAGAACGGCGUCCUCACGGUCACCGUCAAGAAGCAGCCGCCGCCGGAGAAGAAGACCAAGUCCGUGCAGGUCACCAUCGCCUGAGCGCCCCGCGCGAGGGAGUGAGCAGUCGGUUUUCAGUAGCAGUCUAGCAGUAGGGAGUGUAUAACGUUGGAUGCUCUGUUUGUGUUCUGGAGACUGGAGAGUAGGGAGUUCGUUGCCGAGUUGGUAGCGUGGCUGUUCGUCUUUUGUGGAUGUCGCUGUGGGAUGGAACGACGGAUCCGAAUGUCGGUUGCUAUCACUAGAACUUGCACGAGAUUCCAGUAUUCCUGUAAUUGUUAGUCUCUUCUCUCUGAUCUAAAUUGAUUCCAGUAUUCCGGUCUUUUUUUA